AUGACACUCCCUUGCAACACAUGCCGCAUGAGAUUCGAGUCAAGAGCACUCCUUACAGAGCACUAUCACUCUGAAUUACACCGCACAAACCUUGUUUUAAAGUCUCGUGGCCAAGAUCCAAUCACUGAAGAACAAUUCAUUGCUCUUCAGAAGAAGAAAGAGGAAGAAGCCGCUGCACUUGCACCACCACAACCAGAGAUGCCACCACAAGAUGAAGAAGAAGAUAAAGAAGAAUUCCACUACGAACUUUGCCGCGAUAAGAUAAAUUUUAGAAGGAUUUUCCUCAUAUGA